UUAGCAGGAGUAUUCAGUAAAGUCAAAAUCUUUCACUCCCCCCCCCCCCCCACCACCACCACCACCACCGUCGCCGCCAUGACCACCAGCGCUGCCAUGAAUAAUAACAAUAAGAACAGCCAAACAACAGUAAUGUGUUCAGUACUAGCCAUUGAUCACUCCAAUCUUUCUUACAAAGCCUGUUCUUCAUGUGAACGCACUCUUUCAGACACUCCAAAUUCUCAGUGUGGACUCUGUAAUAACUUCAAUCCUUCUUCUUCCAAGAGAUUUUUUCGUCUCAUUGUUUCAAUAGCUACUGAUACCAAGGUGUUUAAUGUAAUUUGCUUUGAUAGAGCUGCUAGGAUCUUAUUUGGAUGCUCUGCUGAUCAGUUUUUUGACUUUGCCAAGAUUCACCCUUUGGCUGGUGCUAAUGCUAGUAAAGUUCUUGAAGGAGAGAUGUUUAGAAUGACAUUGUCAAAACCAAAGAAUGGUAAUGCACGACAUAUGCGAGCAGUGUCAAUUCUGCCUUUGAGGACCGGUUUCCAGCCAGCAAUUGAGACAUUAAAGAAGUUGUAUGGGAUUCACAGGUAGAUUCUCCAUUGGUACCUGGUAAAUAAUUCCAAGUUCAGUACAAAAAAUGAAGAGCAACAUAGAACGAAGAAUGGAAAGGGAAUUAGAUUAAGCAUGAGGAAUUACCACAAGCUUUGAUAGCCUGAUCACAUGAUGGCAUCAGUUCAUUAAUUCUCUGGUAAUCUGAUUGUUCAAUUAAAUCAUUCUCCAAGGCAUAAUCAGUAUAUGCUUUGUACUGGAUAGAAGGAUCUGUUAGGCCAUUACCGAUAGCGAAUCCCUGUCAAAUAAUUUUGCAUGGUCAACACAAUUGAACACCAAUUACUAAUGUUGGUGCAACCUAAGUUACUCGGAAACUUCCCGAGUGUUA